AAUACAGCGAUUCGGUGCCUCAGUGCGGCUCUCCAUCUCCAGCCUCCAACGUUAGCUUGCCUGCGUUUUUAUGUUCACUUUUGCUGAUAAAACAUACUAAACAGCACCUAAAGGCAAUUCUUAAGACCUUGUACUUUGCUAGUUAAAUUCUUGCUUUUGUUGCAGUGUCCAUUAACGUUAACGUUUUGUCCAAACCAUAACAGUGACAUUAGCUCAUCUUGACACCAGAAGUGACUGUAUCAUUACUCUGUUAUUAUUAUUAUUGGCAGCGUAGAGAGAAAGAGCAGGAUAACGCCGCCUGCGAAAGUAACUAAAACCAACUCUGGGUUGGCCGGCUAACAACAACUGGAGAUGCUGCUAACGUAUGCUAACUGGCUAGGUAUAGCUUUAACUUGCCUAAGCUAGCAUCACCGGGAGUGCAUCAAACCCCGUUAGCCGUGUGUUACCUACUCGGUAUCGGUCCUUUUAUCAUAACAUUACAGGUUGUGUAUGGGUUUAGAUUUCCAUCACACACUUGCUAUGGCCUACAUCGACGCAUCUUUAGCACACAAAGUGGACCUCGGACUUGCCUAAGGAAGCAUAACCCCGACCCGAAGCCAGGGAAGCAGGGGUACAAUGCAAAUACCCCAUCACAAAUCAGAAUUAUCCCCUUGGCUGAUCCCGUUGACGGUUCCCAGCGGCCGCCUGAUAUGUCUGGCAAGGCAGAAACACUCAGGAAGAUAUUUGAAGAAUGAAAUAACAGAGCUCAGAGGACCCAGUGUUUUUUGGGAAGACAUCCUGACCAGAAGAACUGUUCUCUGCAAUCGUCUGCCUAAUUCAGUUUGCUUAAUGCGGUGUAAUCAUACAGACGGGAUGCCCAGGGGAGACUUCAAUAUUUAUUUUGCCAACAGAGGAGGAGGAUUUGUCAGAGCUGAGGAGGCAGUGGGUAUAACUCUGCUGGUGAUAAUACUGGCAGCUCUCCUCAUCCUGGGAUGCUGGUACUUCAAGAAGAGGGGUGGCUACAAAAUAAUCAGGAACCCUAGAGCAGGGUCGCCAGGUUCCACAGGAGGCCACUACUCAGAGGCAUGUGCAAAAACAGCAGAAAACAAGAUGGCUCUCACUGACUUUGGCAGGUUUCGAUCUGUGGUUCCUAAUGCUCCGCCAGCCUAUGAAAAGAUUUCCGCAGGGCCACUGCCUCCUCCUUAUUCUCCCUGAAGGACAUUUGUAAAAGACAAACAGAUGCCUGAGGAAUCAAAGAAAAUACUGGAGAACAAACUCUAAACUUCAUCUGUUGUCUGAAGAUGUAUAUUCUGAUAUCAUUGUCAGUAUGGUUCCUAAUGUUUCAUAGCUACAACACACCUAAAUGCAGUAAUAUGUAAAACAUAUUAACUACUAUUAGUACCACGUGUAAGUAUUAACAUGUAUGAGCACAAUAUAUAUAUAUACACUAAGUUGUUUCAAUAAACAAGUGAUUUCACAAGGUGCCUGUGUAUAAGGAAAGCAGUCCAAACACACUUGUUGGGGACAGUCGCAUUGUUUAUUUCCAUGCAGUAAUGUCCACAUUU